AUGGGCUCAAACAGCUACGACGAAGACUGGAAAAAAGCAGCCCCCUACCUGCCCCCCUCCUCCUCCGCCCCCGACGGCAAACCCUUCGACAAACUCCUCCGCGGCGCCUGCCACUGCGGCCAGGUGUCCUACUGGCUGCGCAAGGACAGACCCCUCGCCUCCAAGUUCUGCCACUGCCGCGACUGCCAGAAGAUGCACGGCGCGCCCUUCCAGUGGGCCGCCAUCUUCCACAAGGAGGACAUCGCGUUCGAGCGCGGCGUCGACGGGCUCGAGUUCUACAAGAGCAGCGACAAGAAGGCCGUGCACGACCUGCCGUGCAAGGUGAGCUGCGGGCACUGCGGGAGCCGGAUCAUGGACGAGGGAAGGAAUAUGGUGCUGUUGUUUCCUGGGUUGUUGCAUUUUGAGGAGAGGGAGAAGAGGAAGAAUUUUAACGUGCAGAUGCACAUCUUUUAUAAGCAGAGAGUGGUCGACUUACCCGACGGCAAACCAAAAUGGGCGGAGCUCGAUGAGAAGAGCGACUUGAUGGAGGAGGAGAUGGAGCAGGAGGUGGAUGAAGUCAAGGAGGAGCACAAGCACGACCGCAAACGUUCCAAACAUGACUGA